CAGGCCCAGGGGCGGCACAGGGGAAGGUAGACACGCUGCGGAUUUGAAUACAUUUAACACGAAACAGGUCUUUAUAAUGUUAGCAGGACCUAAAGUACCUCUUCUGGGGGGAGGAGCCGUGCAACCUCCAGCCAAACAAAAAAUGGCCUCUGGGUUUAGCUGCUUCAGCUUGCAUGUGCUCGGCUUGAGACAGUGGGGGCUUGAGGCUAUUCUGGAAGUGUUGGGUGCCCACAACUGCCACUGGAUGUCGAUGGAAGCUUUUGACUUGCUAAAAGAAUUCAGGAGCCUGUACCACAAGGGAUGUAAGGCAGCACUGACCCCGCUGUACCCAGCGGAGGAUAAAUGGGGAAGAGGUAUUUCUGUGACUACUGUGACCGAUCCUUUCAAGACAAUCUUCACAACAGGAAGAAGCACCUGAACGGGGUACAGCACCUGAGGGCCAAGAAGGCCUGGUAUGACCUGUUCCGAGAUGCUGCUGCUGUCUUGCUGGAGGAGCAGAGCAAGAAGCCCUGCAGGAAGUUUCUGCAAACAGGGCAGUGCGACUUUGGGUUCAACUGCAGAUUCUCUCACAUGACCGAAGAGGAUCUGGAGAAGCUGAACGCACAGGUACAAGAGGAAAGGAGAUCAAAGGAGGAAGGAGCAGAGGUCCCAGCUGGCACAGUCGAGGAUUGGCUGGAGAAGAGAGCAAAGAGGCUGAGUUUUGCUCAGAGCAACAGUUCCCUGACAGAGAAGACAUUGGUUUUUCAGUACCCCCCUGGCUGGCCUCCAAUACAGGACCUUCCCCCAUCCCUUCAGGCACCACCCCCUGGAGGAUGGCCAGUCUUACCCAACCUCCAAUGGGGAUGAAGGCUGCAGGGGGAUGAGAUGGAAGAAAGAGGGGUAGAGGUGUGGAGUUGUCUCAUGGAGGAGAGAGGGGGUCUGUUUGCUGUAGGAAAUGUUCAGUGUUACUUCAUAUUUUUUUUUGUAAAUGAAUAAAAGUUACUUGACUCAGC